GUGUGCAGAGAUACGCAGGAGGGAGAAGCUGGCUGCUGGUGGUGAAGAUGGCGGAUGGAGACAGUGGGAGCGAGCGCGGUGGUAGUAGUGGUGGCGGGGGUGGAGGUGGAGGUGGAGGUGGCAGCGGGUUCCAGCACUUCCAGAGAGAGCAAGAGACCCAAGAGCUGGCGUCCAAGAGGCUUGACAUCCAGAACAAGCGGUUCUACUUGGACGUAAAGCAAAAUUCGAAGGGCAGGUUCAUCAAGAUCGCCGAGGUCGGAGCCGGGGGUUCCAAAAGCCGCCUGACCCUUUCCAUGUCUGUUGCGGCGGAGUUUCGCGACUACCUGGGUGAUUUCAUUGAGCACUACGCUCAACUUGGGCCCAGCAGUCCGGAGCAAAUCGCGCAGUCCUCCGGGGGCGAGGACGGUGGGCCUCGACGGGCCUUGAAAAGUGAGUUCUUGGUCCGAGAGAACCGAAAAUACUACCUCGAUCUGAAGGAAAACCAGCGGGGGAGGUUUCUCCGGAUCCGACAGACCGUCAACCGUGGGCCUGGGUUCGGAGUUGGAGGCCCUGGAGGUGGUAUGCAGUCCGGCCAGACCAUCGCCCUGCCUGCCCAGGGCUUGAUAGAGUUUAGAGAUGCCCUGGCCAAGCUAAUAGAUGAUUAUGGCGGGGACGACGACGAGUUGACCGGCGGCGCGGCAGCCGGGGGGUAUGGCGAACUUCCUGAGGGCACAUCCAUUAUGGUGGACUCUAAACGAUUCUUUUUUGAUGUCGGGUCUAACAAAUAUGGGGUGUUCCUGAGAGUGAGUGAGGUAAAGCCGAGCUACCGGAACUCAAUUACUAUUCCCUUCAAAGCAUGGGGAAAGUUCGGAGGGGCAUUCUGUCGCUAUGCUGAGGAGAUGAAAGAGAUCCAGGAGAGACAGAGGGAUAAAAUGUACGAGAGAAGAGAAGAAUCGGAAGGCGAGGAUGUGGAUGACGACUGAUUAGUUUAAAAAGCUGAUUAGUUUAAUUUAAAAAGCCGUGAGAUGCAUAAUAUAGCUAACGUUGCAAAACCGAUAUGACAGAUAUAACGUGCAUGACGAAUCGAACAUUGAUACUAAUUUAUCGUGGAUUAAAGUAGGCCUACACAUGACAGGGAAAUUUUGUUUAAAAUACCUGACUAUCCAAAACAGGCUGGGAGUGGUUAUACGAGUAAAACCGUAGCCAUAACUAGCCAGUGCGUUACGGAUAGCCCUAUGUCAUGGGCAAACGAAAAAUAAUUAAGGAACCCCCUAUCCAUUGAAAUCCGGCAACUGGUUUCCAGUAAGCAAAUAAAUAGCUUUGUGUGUAUAUAUAAUGAGUGUGUGUGUGUACACACACGCACACACGCACACACACACACACACACACACACACACUCAUUAUAUAUGUAUAUAUUAUAUAAUGAGAGAGAGAUGACCCAGUACCCUGAUGGUUUCCAUUGAAAACCAGCAUCUAUUGUAUUACUGUUUCAUUAUAGAUUUACCCGUGUUGGUGGUGUGGGAUUCCAGUAAUUCACUGAGAGUAGUAAGUGAGGUAUUCCAUGAAUCGGUCCUUUCAUGGAAGUUUAUGGAUUCGCAGUGGCGGUGAUAACAGAAUAAGUACAUACCGAACGUGAGAAGAGAACUAAAUGUAGAUGAGUAUUAAAAAGAUUACUUGCAUUCAGAUUUUGUAGCGACGGUAGGUACAGACAUCAAAGGGCGAAGUGGGUGUGGGCACUUUCUGAACUGACGAACUGACUUUUAGCUUGCUAACUGGGUUAUGACAAUUCUCUUUAUUUUCUCGUUAACACACGGCCACCCAAACAAUGAAGAUUUAUUGUGCGGAAGGGGUGGGGCAUUUCUGUUCUCGUUGUAUAGCCAUAAUGUUCAGUUUGCAGUUCAGGAUUUGUUUCCAACCAGGGACUGUGUCGUAGAUGAAGGUCUAGAAGCCCGGUUUGAAAUUACGAACUGCCACAACUACAAAGGAAGGCCGCAGUUAAAGCGAUAUAACAAAAAUGCGCUGAAGUCGUCUUGGAAAUUGUGUAAAUGUAAAAGAAUCACUGACUGGAUGGACAAUCAUGUACGUCUGGCUCUACGAGUUGCAACGUCGCUAUUGCUUCCCUUUGCUUUUACAGUUUAUAAGAACUACUGGAAGUAUUUUUUUAACAUCGAAAGGGAGCCAACUUUGGAGGCGUCGGCUCAAGAGCGAGUGUGGUCCUUAAUUGAUAAGGUAACAUCAGUCAUUCUUUUACUACUAGAUGUUUAAAGACUGAUCAUUUGAGUUAAUGGAAUCUGAAGUUUUGAUCACACCUGUGUGCUUCCGGACAGAAAUGCAUGGAUGGUGGUUUAAAGAGAACGAUUGAAAGAAGAUUAUUCUUAAAAAACUGAACAUGCCAGCAUAAAAUAUUUUUAAUUACCUAAAUGGAAAAUAUAUAUGAAUUACAGAAUUAUAAAUGGUUGUAUAGCAGGCCUUUCAUAUGGUAAGCUUGAAUGCAAGAUUUGUCCAGGACAAUGUUUUCUUUUUUUCUUUAAGAUUUUCAUUUGUUACCAAGAAAGAAUGGCAGAGUAUUACACCUCUAUAAUUAAAGGCAAACGUGUAUAUAUAAACACACAAAUAUGUUGACUGUAUACUUUAGGUACAUUAGAUUCCUUUUUUACCUGUUCACUCCAAACUUCCCAAAAAGCUUUAUCAUUGUUAUUUUUGAACUCCGCAUUGAUAAAUGAAAUUUCUUGUUCAUUUCAAGUUAUUCAUACAAUUGCGUUUUCACAAGAUUUAACGGUGAGAUGCCCAAUGUGUUCAGUGGUCCGUCAUGAUUUUAAAGCUUGCAUGCCUGCUUUGGGCUGGAGCUGCCUUGUGUUCAUUUAUUGCAUAUUCUGAUUUAUUGUAUGCUGGUAUUGAUUAACUCUAUACCUGAGAAUUUAGUUUCCUUUUUAAUUUUGUAAAAAAAAAAAAAAAAGAUAUAUAUAAAAUAUAUAUAUUUGGAAAACUAGCAGAAAAUCAACAAAAAGUAUUCCUGACAACAUCCUCAUCUUGUGGAGUGCCUAGAUUUUUUUCCUUUUCUUUUCUUUUUUUUUUUACCCAUGGUGCUCUGGGUGAUUUCAGAAUGUUUUUAUUUUUAUUUUUUCUUGUUACAUCAUUGAUAGCAGAACUUAAAGUAAUCUAGUAAACCAAUGGCUUUCUGAUGCAGGUUAGAAUGUGUAAGUGUCGAUUUCUUUGCCAUGUGUCAUUGUUGCACUUUAAAAAAAGAAAAAAGAAAUACUUUCUAUCUCACAGUUCAUUUAGCUUGUGAUUUCUUUUAAUUCUGCUGUUCUUUACAGCACAAAUGUCAUAAAUGUCAUGCAUAACUUAUGGGAGCAAUAGUAUUUUUUUGUUUUUGUUUUGUCAAUGAAUUUUUGACACUUAUGCAGACCUGUAAAUAUGAGUUGACUAUGUCUUCAUCCCUGUGCUGUUAAGUGGCAGCUGUUCUUGCUGUGUUUCGCUUAUUUCCAGUCCCUUUUCAGUAACAAAUAUAAAUUCUUUGCUGAGCGAAACUCUUCUAACAGCUGGCAGCAGAAGAAUUAGGUGCUCUGAGACGCGGGAGGGCGAGAGGUCAGAGAAGGUGCAAAAUAGUUUGCCGCCAUUUUGGUUCCAAGGCAAGGCCACCAACUGCCAUCUGCAAACUGGGCACAGUUGGAGCCGUCAAGGCUGCCAGUGGUCACUGCGUUUUUAUAUAUAUAUAUAUAUAUAUAUAUAUAUAUAUAUAUAUAUAUAUAUAUAUAAAUCUGCCUCUGUAGCUUCAUCCUCUAUGCCCGUCCACAUGAAUUGCCUGCCUGGAACAGAUCUUUUUAUUUAAAUCUACUGUCUAGGUGGCCGGCAGGGUGGGGCUCCGACCUGACCACUGUGGACCCUACUGUGCAGGGCAUGGGGUGGGUGUACCUCUCCCUGUGACCUAGUGCUAGAGUGAUUUUCUUCACUCCUGUGGGCUGUGGGGCACAAGGGCUUGGUUUUUGGGAAUAACCGGGAAUAAAAAUGAAUUACUUCACAGGCAGAACUCAAAAUAUUUAUUACAUUUUAUGGUAAUUACCAAACUGAUCAACUCCUGAAAUUAGAAAAUGUUAAAUUCAGUUUUAAAAACUAAACCAAAAACACACAAACGCAUGUAAACCACACUGAUGUUAAAGAAGCCAGACUGAGCGACAGCCUGAUCGAUAAUGAAAGAAGAUGAGUACGUACCUGGCCCUUUCUAACACCUUGAUAAUGGUCUUUUGAUUGACUGAUUGCUAAUAGGUGAAAUUAAUUUGUGUGUUCAAGACUCCCCAUGUCCCAGCCAGAGGGAAUAUGGUGUGAACCUCUGAAGUGAAUUGGAGUGCAACUUAUCUCAGUGUGGUUUAAGGUGGUCAUUUGCAAAGUGUUUGCAUGUGGGGUUUUUUCUUUUGUUUUUUUCUAUUUUGUUUUGAAUAGGUGUGCAGGUUUUUUUGUGGUGUGAGAGAAUUCUGACAUUUGGGGCUCAAUGAAUGCAUGGAGUAGACGCUGGUUAGGUCCAGAGGCAUACUGGAGAUCUGUAAGAAAAGAGGGAAUUGGAAAUGUGGCAUGAGCUAGCUCCUGCAGCUCGUGCAAGGGCUCUCACCCUCUGUGCUCUCACCCCCCGUCCCCCCCUCACCCCCUUCCCCUUCAGCUGUUGUCCAAUAUUCACUGCCUGUUUUAUUUGAUAAUUGGUGUGUGGGUUACAGGAUGGGGCGUCUUUCAGAUGGCACAUAACCACAUAAACUCAUUUUUUCUUGACCCAGGAGAGGGGGUGAGAACCUGAGCCUAAUUGAAAAUUUAAGUGGAAGCGUUAGGGGGCAGAUACGCAAUGCAGUUGGUGGUCUGGAGGUGGUGGUGUUGGAGGUUGGUGGUCUGGAGGUGUUGCUUCUGAAACUGCAUGCAGUACAGAGUUUUAUUUAAGGUUAGGACAAAGUGGUACAGGGAUGUUGGUGGGGAGGGUACAUCCUCGUGUGAGGGUAAGUGCAGUACUUUCAGUCUGUCCCCCGCCCAUCGCGUGUAUUUGUGCACAACUGCAUCUGUUUUGGGGGGUGUUGUGGUGUCCUGUGUCUUGACCUCUGGGCCAGAAAGUGUGUGAGUAAGCCAUGCUUCAGACAGAUCUGCUGUGCACAGACAGGCAGAUGGCAGAGCCAGUAAUCAGGGUGGUCCAAAAAGACCUCCCGGAAAGCUCUUGACUGGUAGACCGUACACAAAAUGCUGGUACAUUGUCGCCAGACAACUGGGAGGAGUUGCCCACCCGGAUUUGUGGGAAAGACAAACUGGGCUUUACCAACUCCGCCACAGUUCAACAAAAUGAUAUGAAGAUUGCGCUUUUGCGUUGGUGCAGUCAUAACCUUUUGUAAUAAAUCGAUGCUCUGCAGGGAACGGGUGCAGGUUCCAGGGGAUGCAGGUGUGAGUUGGGGGAUGAGGGGGGCGUUUGUGUGUUCGACCAAAUCUGAGAUGUUCCCGAGGAGGCCCCUAUCCCGGAAGGUAAUGGGCAUUUCCCGGCCUCCAUGCCAGUUGUCUGAGUACAGGCUCGCUCUGUGUGUCCUAUGGCAGUACUCGAGCUUCAUCUUUGUACGGCUUCUGGAGGGCUGGGUGAAUGAGGAGAUGGAUGAAAGGUGGUUAUUUGGAAGGUUAUUUAGACGGGGAGCUUGUCUUUGGUGUGGCAGAGAGUGAAGGUAGUGGAGAGAAGGGCUGUGGAGCUGUAGUGAAGGUUUCUUUUUUGGGACAGUGGGCUCAUUCCAAUUGCUUAUUUUUCUCCUUUUUUCUUUUUCUUGUUUUUUAUUGGGAGAGGCUAGAAAAAGAGGCAAGAAGAAGAAAUGAAUAUUUGGAAAUCAAGUAAACAUGAAUUAGGCAAAUGGAAUGCCUUUGCUCCUUCAAACGCCAGUUCGAAGCCAAGACAUGGCAGAUGUGGAGAGGUUUAUCCACCGUUGAUCAUUUAUACGUCAGUUUUUCCAAAAAAAUACUUCCACAAAGGAUGCGCUGAUGUUUCACAAAGGAAAGAUUGGGACUUCCUAGUUUCUACUUCUACCUUUCCCAAUUUCAGAGGUUCUGUCUGUCUUUGGGUCGAAAACCGAGCAGUCUGCACAGUUUUUGGGUGGGCCCUGUAGGACCGGUGUAGGGACAGGGGUUUGGCCUCACUGAAUGUGCAGAGGUAAGAGUGGAACCAGGACCUGCAGGAGACCAGCUCCACAUGGGGUGGGGUUACAGUUGCAGUUAACUCUGGACCCGGAGAACUAUUUUGGGCAUUGUAACUCCAAGCUUCCUUGUUGGCUUCCGUGUCCUUUUUCAGAGCCGGCUGGUGCCACUCGCCGUAAAGCCUGGGCUGUGCUGGGGAGGGACAAAACUGAAGAAAGCCCGUUGGGUUUCUCACCCUGGGGAGCAGUUAGAAAAGCCUGUUUGGUUUCUCACCCUGGGGAGCAGUGGUUUGGCUGUGAGGAGCUUGGUGUUGGGGGUGCCAGGCUGUGUGUGCGUGGGUUUGUGAAGGCGCUAUAACACCAGCAAUGCAUGGACUCAGUGGAGACACGGCGCCAAUGCGCACACUUGGUAUGAAGUGAACUCAAGAUUUGCUCAGCUUCUUGUCUAUUUAAAUCCCGCGGUCCAGGUCAUCCUGGCUUUUAGCCAGGGUUGGGGUCAGUUUCAUUUCAGUCUGGUCAAUUCGAGGACCACUGCGGACAUGCUUAAUUUCCCAAACAGACUGAAUUCAAAUUGAAUUGACCGCUGACCCCAACACUGGCCCAUAGCACACUAGUCUAAUCCUAAUGUUAGGGUGGCAGGAUUGGAGUUGGUUUGAGAAUUCGGAAGGCCGUCCCGGCCCAGGGUUUGUGCACAGCUCCCAGGAUGAUGAUGACCGCAAUAGGGUUGUGCCCCAUUGGGCAGGACAGUGACGAGGCCCCGCCCCUCUGAUUGAGCCUGCCCACAGUGCACCAUGCGUGCUGGUCAGUCAUCCUUUUUACAAACUUUUUUUCUUUUCUUUUUUUAAAUGGAGUUUUACAAGUCUAUAUUUAGAAAAUGUAAUGUAAUGUUUGUAUCAAAAAAAUAAAAAAAAUCCUAUAACUAAUGAAAACUAUAAUACUACCCCA